UUCUCGAGGAGUUGGUUGGUAUGUUUGCGUGUGCUGUAUGACGUUCCGUUAACUCAGCAGACAACCUAUAGCUAGUGGACCAGUGUGCUCCUGCCUAUUUUUAGAAGUCUGCCUGUAAUGGGGGAAGCAAAGGGGCUUCAAGAAACUGCAGAGAAAGGUUCUGCGUUGCAAUGAGCCCGCCCAACACCGCGAAGUGACGAAAUAAAAAAGUUAACAGAAGUUCAACAGCUUUGCUUCAGUUGACUUAACUUCGAUUACAACGCAGUGGCCCCUGGAGAAGUUUCUGCGCAGCGCAAUGGCGCAGUGCGACACUUUAAGCGGAUACUUGCAGCAGUCGGACCAGGGCUCCAACAGCGAGCGCAGUACCGACUCUCCUCUCCCGGGAUCAGAGGAGGAUCUGAGCGGACUCCAUCCUCUGCCAGAUCCGGAGUGGACUGAGGAGAGGUUUCGGGUGGACCGAAAGAAGUUGGAAGUCAUGUUAUUAGCUGCCUCUGAGGGGAGAGUCAACGGAGGGGAGGAUUUCUUUCAGAAGAUCAUGGAUGAGACCCAAACGCAGAUCGCCUGGCCGUCCAAACUAAAAAUCGGAGCAAAGUCCAAAAAAGAUCCACACAUAAAGGUGUGCGGGAAGAGGGAGAAUGUGAGGGAAGCCAAAGACAGAAUUAUGUCAGUUCUUGACACAAAGAGUAACAGGGUAACUCUGAAGAUGGACGUCUCCCACACAGAGCACUCCCACGUUAUUGGCAAAGGUGGCAACAACAUCAAGAGGGUGAUGGAGGAGACAGGGUGCCACAUCCAUUUCCCAGACUCUAACAGGAACAACCAGGCAGAGAAAAGCAACCAGGUGUCCAUCGCAGGGCAGCCAGGAGGAGUGGAGGCAGCUCGAGUAAAAAUAAGGGAGCUGCUCCCUCUUGUGCUGUCUUUUGAGCUUCCCGCCAUCAUGCAGUCUGACCCCAACUCCCCCGCCGUGCAGCACAUCUCGCAGACCUACAACCUCACAGUCUCCUUCAAGCCCCCGACUCGUCUCUAUCGGGCCACCGGUGUAGUUCGCGGCUCACAGAAUAACACAAACGCCGUCAAGAGGGGUACAGCUCUACUGUUGGAGCACCUGGCUGGUAGCCUGGCAAGCACCAUCUCAGUCACCACCCACCUGGACAUUGCACCCCAGCACCACCUAUUCAUGAAGGGCCGCAAUGGCAGCAACAUCAAGCACAUCACCCAGAGAACGGGUGCCCAGAUCCACUUCCCUGACCCCAACAGCCCCCAGAAGAAAUCCACAGUCUACAUUCAGGGUACCAUUGAAUCGGUCUGCCUGGCACGGCAGUACCUAAUGGGCUGCUUACCUCUGGUAUUAAUGUUUGACAUUAAAGAGGACAUUGAGGUGGAGCCCCAGUGUAUCACAGCACUAAUGGAGCAGCUGGAUGUCUUCAUCAGUAUCAAACCAAAACCAAAACAGCCCAGCAAGUCUGUGAUAGUCAAGAGCGUGGAGAGGAAUGCAGUGAACAUGUACGAAGCCCGUAAAUUCCUCUUGGGUCUGGAGAGCAACGGGGUGUCGUCCUCCUCGCCCUCUGUGGCAUUAAAUCCCGCCACCAACGUCCCGUCCCCGUCCCUCAUCUGCCCCGUUGGUCUGGACAUCUUGGCCUCAGCUGGCCUGGGACUGAGCAAUCUAGGUUUCCUGGGUGCGACAGCAGCCCACUCCCUCACCAACUCUGCUGCACCAAACGCUGUCCUAAACAGCUUAAACUCUUCUAUGAGCCCUCUGCAGAACCCAAGCCCCAGCACCCCCACACCCUCACCCUCCCUUUGGCCCAGUUCACUCACCAGCACCCAAGGCUUCUCCUCUCAGCUAAUGCUGCACCCUGCCACCCAGGCCACAUUGAGUAGCAUCCUGCUGUCAGGUGUUCACGGUUACACACAAAAUACACCAUCCCCUCCACCUGGUCUUGCCCCCAUAGACAAGCAGCCCAAUGGGGUUCCUGACUGCACCAAAGGCCCCUGCACUCUUAAUGGACAUGUCAAGCAUCCUGGCUCAGUCUAUGGGAGGAUAGCAACUGCGUCACUUGCAGAAACUGUUUUGAGUCCAGCCCCAUGUGACUCAGUUCAGGAGGCCAGUGGACACAAUCCAGCAGAACCACGUUCCAACAAGUCCAGCCAAGAUGAAGGCUCUGACACAUUUGUGGAAGUGGGCAUGCCCAGAAGCCCCUCUCACUCGGCCAAUGGGAGUGAGCUGAAACAGAUGCUGGCUUCGUGUAAGACGUCAUCAGGGAAGAGACAGGCUGUGGAGCUACUGCAGGGCACCAAGAACUCCCAUCUACACUCUGACUGUCUUCUUUCGGACGCUGAGUCCAGCUCGUCUGACAGCCCUGUGGCCGAUAAACGGGCACCCGGUAGCGAGCGGGCAGCUGAGAGGGAGAGAAUCAGACUGGUACCACAGACCUCCUUCGCCAACAUACAGGCAUUUGACUAUGAACAGAAAAAGCUGUUGGCAACCAAAGCUAUGUUAAAGAAGCCUGUGGUGACUGAGGUGCGGACCCCUACCAACACCUGGAGUGGUCUGGGCUUCUCAAAGUCCAUGCCAGCUGAGACCAUCAAGGAGCUGCGGAGAGCCAAUCAUGUUUCAUACAAACCCAGCAUGAGCACCACCUAUGAGGAUUCCCCGCUUUCCUUGUCUCGAUCCGGCAGCAGGGAAGGCAUCGGGAAUGGCAGUGACUGUGACAACUGGCGAGAUAGAAACGGCACCGGUAACGGCCUGCCAAGUCACGCUGAGUUCCCCUCCGCUGUCGGCAGCCCAAAGAGGAAGCAGAACAAAUCUGCUGCAGAGCAUUACCUCAGCAGCAGCAACUACAUGGACUGCAUCUCCUCCGUUACUGGCAGCAACGGCUGCAGUCUGAACUCGUCUCUUAAAGGCUCAGACCUGCCUGAGCUGUUCAGCAAGCUUGGCUUGGGGAAGUACACAGACGUCUUCCAGCAACAAGAGAUUGACCUUCAGACAUUCCUGACUCUAACAGACCAGGACCUGAAGGAACUAGGUAUCACCACCUUUGGAGCCCGCAGGAAAAUGCUGCUUGCCAUCUCAGAACUAAAUAAGAACCGGAGGAAGCUAUUUGAGCCACCUAUCAGGUCCUCCUUCCUGGAAGGGGGAGCGAGUGGCCGCCUCUCCCGCCAGUUUCACGCAGACAUGGCCAGCGUCAGCGGGCGAUGGUAGGCGCCUCCAGACCUCCAGGCCAUCCCAGAACCGUCCAUGAUGGAGACCAGCCUCCAGUGUCUUUCUGUGCCUUAGCAGCCCAGGUUUCACUGGUUGUUUACCCUCUUUCAGCUUCAGCUGAAUUAAGACUGUUCAAAAUGUUGUUGUUGCCAUAUAGUAUAAAUAUAUAUAUUAAAAAAGCCAUAGUUUUACCUGAAGUGCCAAGAAGAAAAAAGGGAUUUCUCAGAUACAUGAUGUUCAAUGUUCACUCUUUAUAGAGCCCUUGAGUCUAUCUGGAGCAUUUCUAUAUGAAGGUUGUUAUGGUUCUGAUGAAGGGUACUGUCCAGUUGUUCUGUCCACUUUUCGUUCAAGGGAACAGGCAGAAUGAUUAGUACAAUCAUUUUACACAUUGAUACUACUUGCAGUUGUAUAAUGCUGUUGUAUCAGUGACAUGCACUUUAAUAAUACUAGACUUUUGCCUGUGAGAGCCUAAUUCCUUAGAUUGAAAUAAUAACUAUGCAUUUUUUUUAUUGACCUAAAAGCACAGAUGCAUUUUGUACCAAACCAAAUGUAAGCACUUAACAGUGAGUUUAGGGCGCCACCAAAUGAAGUGCAAAAUAUGUCGGCACGCUAAAGUGGUGACUUUAUUAACUUUAUCACAUAUACCAAAGGAAAGUAUCAUUGUGUUCUUUGACCCUUUGGCUGCUUUAAGUGUUUUGAUUGGUGGACAUUCCUACAAGGUCAUUGUUUGUGUCCAACCGCAGUCUUGUCUGUGUAUUUCUAGACAAAAAAAAAUCAAAUAUUUUGUACUCAUUAUGCAUUAUGAUUUUAGUUUUUAGUUUUUAUUACCAUUUUAGGGGAAUGGGUGGGAUGUUUAACGGUAAUCAGUUUACAUUUGUAUUUUUUUAUACAUUCAUGAAUGAGUUUCUAUGAUUUUGUAAUUAGAUUAUUAGUAUCUUUUACUUUUUUUCCUGCCUUUUUAUCUGUGGAGCCGUAAUAUGGCUGUGCCAUUAGACAGCAGCAGAGACAUGAGGCAGUUGGGCUAAGCUUUAAAGGCCUCUCUCUGAUUGUGUCAACAGGCAUCUUUCUGUGGUUUUCCUUCUGUUUGUUAAUAGUAUAUGGUCUUUUGUCUCAUCUGUUGUUUGUCAGUGUUGGCCUCCCAGUGGCCCCUUCUGUGUGCCGAAAAUCUCACAAAGGACUCCUCCGUGUAUCCGGAACAUGAGUUGCUAUGCUAGAACUGUUGCUAUGCUAGAACUGUGUUUUCUUGUCUUCAUUUUACUGGCGGUUCCAUUUAGAGCAAGGAAAGACAUGAAAGAGCAAGGCUAUGCCUUUUUUAGCGAAAAGUGCCAAUGUACAUAACUAGUUUUUCAGCAGGGAGAUUUUUCGUUAAGAACAAUAAUAUUUUGGUCUGACCUUACUCUCCAGAAAGGAGGUGCAUCAAACAAAGAAGCAGUAUAUUCACAGCCAAGCUGGUUUCAUAUGAGGGACACAUAAGGAACCAAAGUCAUCAGAAGGACUGUAAGAUUUAACAUGAAAACAAAACUAGAAAAAUCUGGAUUUGUAUCAGUCGUGCAAUCUAAUGUCCAGGAAACCUGGUUAAGCAGUGUUUAAUGAAGUAGCAGGAUUAUGCAUGCAGCAGCAGAGUUUAUCGUCAAAGCUUGUUUGUUCUGGGCUCCUGUAUUAUGUUCAGUCAUGUGUUUUGAAAAGGAAAACAUCCUUCAGUCAACAGUUCAUUAACUUUGGAUAACUCAAGUGUUAUUUUGUGUAAUGUUCUUAAGAUUUAGUCUACAGUAUAAACCGAUCCAUCUGUCAAGGUCCUGAGCACUUUGUAUCCAGUGCAAUUAAGUGCCUCUUUGUAAAAUAUAAUUUUGGGAAAAUGUG